UGAUCCAACAGAGGUCCUGGAAACCAUAUGGAGUUCUAUAUGCACAGGGCAUCCCUUACAUCACAGUCCCUGACCAGAGGGAACAGACAGUACAACAUUAGGAAGAAUGGAUAAGCAUGGCGUGAAGAUCCCUCUGUGGAGGAAGGAGGUGGAGGAGCCCGAGGCCAGGGAGGAGGAGCUGGAGGACGAGUCGUCGUCGUCGUCAUCGUCGGAGGUGGAGAGGCCGGACCCGGAGAGUGCGGUGGAGGUCGAGGAGGACGCCUGCGGUGCAGAGGAUCGCGAGGCCCGCUCGGUGUCCUACUGCCCUCUGCGCCAGGAGUCCAGCAGCCAGCAGGUGGCACUGCUGCGACGCUCGGACAGCAGCUUCUGGGGCUGGCUAAGCCCGUUCGCGCUGCUGGGUGGCCUAGCGGGACCCGCGGACAGGAAACGUGGUGCCCCGGAAGAACCGUGUGUGUUGGAGACGCGGCGGCGACCACCGCGUCGAGGAGGUUGUGCGCGCUGCGAGAUCCUUUUCUGCAAGAAAUGCAAGAGUUUGCAUAGCCACCCGGCCUACGUAGAGCACUGUAUUCUGGAGCAUCCUGACCCGGGUAAUGCGGAGGCCGCUGGGAGUUGUGAGCUCAUUCUCUCCCAGCCUCUGCGCCCGCAGAGCUCCAAACUCUUCUACCUCUAG